GUUAGUACCAGUGUAUCAUCGCGUUGGCCGUACACUGGUUGGACGCAAUCCUGCACAACAGUUACAGCAGUGCACGCGACCAGUCUGGAUGCUAUCUGCAAGUUAAGCUCGCUUCCAUCGCAAAAGACGCAUCGCGCAGCAAGCGAUGAACAGUGCAAGGGCAGAAAAUUAAACAGAUUGUGCAUCGAAGGUGAACAGUUUUUGCUAAUGCACCUGACAAACGGAACACUUUUCCGAGCAAACUUCCCUGCAUCGGUGUAAAACUUUGUUUCAACUCCCUUGCCACUACUUAAGUACGUACCCCUCGGAGAAGUAUAGUGCAUCUUUGCACGAGUGUCGGCCUAUCGGUUCAGCGAAUAAGUGUCUGUGGAGUGAUUAAGCGUUUGAUUGGAUUGCUGUAACCGUCUGCUCGCGUGCUGCAAUGUGUGAUCAAACGAUGCCACCAACAAGUGUGACAGAAGUGUGCUUUUAAUCGGACUGUCCCUACGCCAGUCUCGAUCGUUUCGAUCGGCGUGUCGGCACGAGGGUGUCCUUUCUAGUAUCAUGAGCGACGUUUACAACCGCCAGCGUGAGUGGUUGAAUUGUUGUGCGAUAAGUGGCGAUUACACGUAGUGGCACCACACUUGAAAUCACAGCGCCCUCGCCCUUUUGUGUGUCCAAGUGUCCACACCAAAACUGGCCUAGGCCGAGCAACGUCCACGACCAGCGGCACUUAAGUGUCCAUCGUCUGUGCUAGCUGCCUGUGAAGUGGCCGCGUUUGUGUGCGUGGUAGGUGUGCUGUCUCGAAGCUUUUGAGCAAGGCUCGCUGGAGUGAGCGUGUUGUCGAGUGUAGCGAAGUGUAUGUACCUGUUCUCUGUCUAAGUGUGUGCGUGUACCUGUGUGUGUGUGUGUUUCUGUGUAUGUGUGCGUCCAGACGUAUGUGAGCGGGAAAAUAAACAUGAAACGUCUAAAUCGUCCCCGGCCACUGGUCUGUCAUCUGCUGCUGGCGAUCAACAUUCUAACUGUUUGCUGCAGCAGUAGCAGCUUAGGUAGCAGCAGCAGCAGCAGCAGUAGCACUGAUGUCACCAUCGCUGCAGACGGUUCCAUGCCCUCCAUAGCAAGCAUAACGGAAGCUAAGCCCAAUCCCAAGGAUCAGCAACAGGCCAAACAUCGACACCGGCGAGAGAACAGCGAAGACGAGAAUGGGUACGGACCGGCCACCAACGCAGAAGAAUCGGGUCUGGGCGGACCUAUCGGAGCACCGGGCCUCAGCGACGACGGCGGGGAGGAAAAUUUCAUCGCACUAGCACCAGAUGAAGCGGAUAUUUAUAACUUCUCCAACAUCAUGAGCAUGACCAUGGCGAACGGGCCGCGAUCCGGUGGCGGUACCAAUGUAAAUGAGGCAAAUCCAUUUAAUGAAUUUCGCAAUACACCACGCCAACGUGACGGUGAGCCCGACCGGCAGCUGUCAGCAAAGGGUGAAAAGGAGCUGCCCGAGCUGACGCUCGACGACGAGAAUGGGUUCGGUGAGGGCGCGUUGGGACGGCUCGGUGAAGGGUUAAGAAGUCGCCUCCAGGAGGAAGCGAACGGUGACGACGAGGACGGUGGCAAUGGAGGAGAGGUCGAGUCGGAAGAUGACAAUGCGGUCGAGCGGAGUCGCUUCCUGGCGAAGGAUCCGAGGCCCGCCGACGGGCAGGAUGAACGCUCGUCCCGUACCGACACGGAUGCGGCACUGCUCAGCAACAGCAUCGACUUUUUGAACUCGAUCGAUGGGGCAUACCUUCUUGCUAAUGCCGCUAAUGCCGGUGACCAGCAAGGGGUAAAGAGUGAUGAUUUGGCGCGAAAAAUUCUGGAAGAUAAUGACAAUAAUAUCGCAACACGCAAAACAACCGCGAGUCCGGCAGCGGGCACCGAUUCGGACAACGGUGAAAACGAACUGUUCGAGCAGAUGGAAAAGAAGGCCAAAUCGUACCGGCUGAAGCUGUACAAGAAGCACAAGAACUUCAAGCACACUCACCACCACCGGGGCGGGCUGUACCAUCAGCCGUACCACAACUUUCACCACGACUACUACCGCCGCAAAAUGUUGGAGCGCGAGCGGGAGCGCUGGAAGAAAAUGCAGGACCUGAAGCCGGACUACCAGGGCCAGAUCAACUACUACGAAAACUCGAACAAGCUCGAAACGAACGACGACAUCAUGGCGCACCUGAACGGGCACAGCAGCCAGGAGAAGUGGCCCAACUUCGACAAGGUGAUGACCUCGCUCAAGACGGAAACGAAACCGGACAACAUCCCACCGUACAUCAAGAAGUACAACCGGCGCAACAAGCAGCUGAUCGAUCUGCUCGAGGGCACGAUCGCACCGUUGUCCGACUACAGCGUGCACAAGCAUCGGGAGCGCAAGUACCAUCGUAGGAAAAAUCCGCACUGGAUGGAGGAGGACCUGUUCGAGGAGCAGCGACCGAAUCAGGCGAAGGCCCAGGGCCUGCAGCGCAACUACAUCCAGGAAACGAUCCAGUCCUCGACGAUACACUCAAACGCACUGCCCGGCGAGGGCAUCCACAUCAUCUACGACAAGAAGCACGGCGGCGAUCAUGACGACUUUGACGAUGGUGGCGGUGCCGGAUCGCACCUGCUGUACGGUCGGCCAACCAUCGCGAGCGGUGGUGGUGGUCAUCCGGUCGAUGGACACCAUCCCAACUACAAGCUAUCGUCCCGGGCCGGCCAGUUCGUGUAUCAUCGUGUCGCAUCGCCCCAACCGGUAGGUGGCGCUGGCUACGGACGGUUGAAGCGUCAGCGUUUGCCGUUCGUAGCGAUCACGGAUCGGCGACUCAGUGCACCACCGAAACGUCGCACCAGCAGCCAUGUCAACAACAAUCUACUGAAUCACCAGCCGAUGCCUUAAGAAUCGAGAUCUAAAAAACUCUGUCUCCCCUUCACCUAGUCUGCUUACUCUGUCUAUCUCUCUCUCUCUUACGGUUUAGUUUUAGUUUCAGUUUAGCGCACAAAUUGUUUCAAACGAGAAAAAGAAGCAACAGUCGACAUAGCAAUGUGUCGCAUUUAAAAACGGAAAUGGUUUGCUCAUUCUUUCAUUCCUAUCAUUCAAUCAUUCAUAGUGUUCCAAUUUUAAACUUCUAUCCAUAUUUCUCUAUUUCUCUCUCUCUUAUGCCCAUCCAUUUUCACGUAUUUGCUUGUGCUACGACUUUCCCGACUGGCAGCGAGGUUUACGCUGACAGGACGCUCUGGUGCGUCCUCACGGUAGAUCGCACCCGGGGUCUUAUCAUCCGGUUUCUGGCAACUGUUUCUGUUCUCGCCAAAGACUAGGGCUGACGAUGAGUUGCUAUCGAUCGAGUGUGAUCGCGCUGGGAUGGGGUUUUGGGACGCGGGGGAAUGCACCGCACAGCACCACGGACCGCGAACAGAUACAGGUCCCAAGGACGAUGGAAAGGAUGGACGGUUUCUAUGACUGUCAGCUCCAUCCUUUCGCCGUAAAGUGCGUUGCGAACGGUGACAGACACUGAUACAAAAACCACAAACAAAACAAAACAAAAAAGAAAGAAAAUGCAAAUACAAGUAGAAGACGAAGACAAUAUAUAUUUACUGAAGAGAGGACGAGGAAGAUGAAAAACCGAUAGUGGGAGAAAGGAAAUGAUGCUCACGGAAGUAAAGUGUCGAAUGAAAACAACAACAAAAAA